AAAGAGACUUUACUAGCCUUUGACAAGUUCCUCCCUCAUCGGAAGGAGAUGGACUCGUCGGAGAUCGAAGUGGUGCCUUUAGAUUCCAACCCUAACCACCUGCCAGCCAUCACAGACGUCUUCUCAGCUUCCGCUUACGGCGAUCUCAGCAGUCUCAAGCGUUUCGUCGAGCACGAGGGGUCUUCAGUGUCUCUCCCCGAUGCUAACGGCUACUACCCUCUCCAAUGGGCUGCGCUUAACAAUAACCUCCACGUCGCUCAAUACAUCAUCGAGCACGGUGGUGAUGUUAAUGCAUCGGAUAAUACAAAGCAGACGGCAUUGCAUUGGGCAGCAGUUAAGGGCUCCGUCGAUGUUGCUGACCUUCUAUUGCUACAUGGAGCUCGAAUUGAAGCUGAUGAUAUGAAUGGUUAUUUUAAUGUGCAGGCAGUGCAUGUUGCUUCUCAAUAUGGACAGACAGCCUUCUUGAAUCGCCUUAUUGUGGAAUAUGCAGCUGACUAUAACGCACUAGAUACUGGAGGGAGGAGCCCGCUUCAUUGGGCUGCUUACAAUGGAUUCACGGAAACCGUCCGGUUACUUCUCUUCCGCGAUGCUUGUCAAAAUAGACAAGACCACACAGGUUGCACUCCUUUGCACUGGGCCGUUAUUAAGGAAAAUGUUGAGGCUUGUACUCUGCUAGUUCAUGCUGGAACCAAGGAGGAACUGAUAUUGGAGGAUAACACUGGAUCCACGCCACUUAAGCUUGCAUCUGAUAAAGGUCACAGGCAGCUCACUCUGUUCCUUUCGAAGGCAAUGCAAACUCGUAGUAAUAGUUUGGUAAACAAGCUCUUCUGUGGAAAAUUGGGAGAGGCAAGCUAUGCUCCUCUGCUGUUCUGUUUAAUAGUGACUGAAAUGGUCCUUUUCUUCACAUCCAUUGUCGCAGCUUCGAACCUCCCUAAGAUAACUGCUAUGGCUGGACUGUGGGCAUGGUUCGGUCUUUCAUGUGGCGUCUGCUCACUAAUAGCUUUCCGUCGUUGUAGCAGCAAAGAUCCGGGGUACGUUAAAAGAAGUAAUGAAGUUGACAGCGAUCACACUGCCAACGAUCCUUUGAUUGAUAUUAAUUUCAACAGCCCCUCAUGGAAAGGAAACUGGUCCCAACUCUGCCCCACUUGCAAGGUAAUUAGACCGGUACGAUCUAAGCACUGUCCUACCUGUAAACGCUGCGUUGAGCAGUUUGACCAUCACUGCCCUUGGAUUUCAAACUGUGUUGGUAAGAAGAAUAAACGGGACUUCUUAGUUUUUGUGAUCAUGGGAGCUUUAACAUCAUUCGUUGGUGGCUCUACUGCUGUUCAAAGAAUAUGGAGAAGCAACCCACAUUUACACCCCAGUGACUCGGUGAUUCAGCAUGUGCUCAUUGAACAUCCCGGUGCUGCCGUGUUUCUGUUUUUCGACUUGCUUAUUUUCAUUGCGACAAUGACGUUGACAAUCUCACAGGCGUAUAUGAUAGCGAGGAAUAUUACAACCAACGAAUUAUGGAACACGAAAAGAUUCAGUUAUUUGAGGGGACCUGAUGGGAGAUUCUACAACCCUUAUAACCAUGGCUGGCGAAGAAACUGCUCUGAUUUCUUGGUUAAUGGCUACACCAGAGACGACGAGGUUGUCCCAUCUUCAAUUCUCUGAAGUCUGAAUUACAUCUUUUCUACUCAUUAUUAUAGGCGUACACAUCUGGAUUCGGUGUACUGUGUAUACGGAUCUCUCAUCCUCGUUUGAUAUACACAUCUGGAGUUCCUUCUCCUUAUAAUUUUUGGAGCCAUGAAAUUACCACUAUGCAGUCUUUUCCAGUUUCACCACAAUGCUACUUAAACCCCUUGUUCUUCAAUCUUAUUCAUUGGUUGUGUUAA